AUGGCUCCCUCCCUCCCAGCCCUCUUCUCCCUCGAAGGCCGCACCGCAGUCGUCACCGGCGGCACCCGCGGCAUCGGCGCCCACAUGGCCAUCUCCCUCGCCGAAGCCGGCGCCGACAUCGUUCUCAUCCAGCGCGAUGAAUCCAACACCACCACCAAAACCGCCAUCGAAGCCCUCGGCCGCACCGCCACAAUCCUAACCUGCGACCUCUCCUCCGCCUCCUCAGUCGCCUCUCUCACCCCCACCAUCCUCGCCUCCCACGACCCCUCCAUCCUCCUCAACUGCGCCGGGAUCCAACGCCGCCACCCCUCUGCCGCCUUCCCAGACUCAGAUUGGGAUCUAGUCCUCCAAACCAACCUCUCCACCGUCUUCACCCUCUGCCGCGACAUCGGCGCGCAUAUGCUGACCCGCCCCGGUCCACACAGGGGGAAUAUAAUCAACAUCGCCUCACUCCUCAGCUUUCAAGGCGGAUUGACAGUGCCCGCGUACGCGGCGGCUAAAGGGGGGGUAGCGCAGUUAACAAAGGCGCUGAGUAAUGAGUGGGCCGGGAAGGGGGUGAAUGUCAAUGCGAUAGCGCCGGGGUAUAUCGCGACGGAGAUGAACGAUGCGUUGAUUGCGGAUGCGGAUAGGGCGGCGAGUAUACUGGCUAGGAUACCGGCGGGGAGGUGGGGGAGGCCAGAGGAUUUUGGGGGGGUGGUGGUUUGGCUUGCGGGGGGGGGGAGUGCGUAUGUUACGGGGGAGAUUGUUACUGUUGAUGGGGGGUGGAUGGGGAGGUAA